CUGAGCAUGAAAUACUUGAUCAAUACUCUAACUAUCGAGAACAUUACCAAGUAAAGUUCCCUGAACAAUACGCGAGAUCUAUACAACUCACUCGUCAGUCUUCAAAUGCUCAAUUUCUUAGAUUCUCAUGUAACUAUCAACAAACAAUAGAUAAAAUUGUAAAUAACAUGCCUCAAGAUAUUACAUUAGCAAUUCGCGACCAACUAGAAAACUUAAUGAACUUUCAUCUACCAGUUCCCUGUCAAUCUUUAUUUGAAACACCUCCUGACUAA